AUGGACGACGAGGGGUCGGUGGAGAUCGAGGAACUCUUCGCUCUGCUCAACCAAAGGCAGGAAACGGGAGGCGAGGCUGAAGGGCACGGGCCCAACGAAGAAGGCGCGGGUCGUGAUGGAGUUGGUGCUAGCCCCGAUCAGAACGUUCGACCAAUCAACGAGGUGACGUCUUCCGGCAUGUUUGGGCUGGACGGACCGCCAGACGUGGCGGAUGUCGAGAAGCUGCGGUUUGCCUGUGACGCUGUUGGCGCAGGUGCCGACGACGGCCGCGCGGGCCCGAGAACGGGCGGCAGCGGAGACAUCGUAUCCUCCCGAAGCUUGAACCUCCGGAUUUGGGCCGACAUCGUGCUCCGGCGCCAUGGUGGCCGGUUUGCGUUGCACCACAUAUUUGCAUUUCUCGUCUUCAACAUGGGGGUUAGCGGCGGCGAGGUCGAGUUGGAGAGCUCGGGCAAGACGACCGAUGAGGGCGUGAAGGAGCUUCUCAGGAGCCUCUCGCUGUACGGCCACCGGCAACCCAUGUCGAGAGAGGUUCGGCUCAAUAUGCGGCGGAAAAUCCAGUCGCUCAUCGUUGGCUACGGCGUUCCGGCCAUCUGGUUCACCAUCAACCCAAACGACAUUACGAACCCGGUGAAGCUGCGACUGGCGGCAUAUCGGACACGCGAUCCCGGCGCGGCCGAGGAGUUCCUAGAAGGCCUUGGGAGUGCGUACAAGCGGACAAGGCUGGCCAUGUCCGAUCCGAUGAGCGCCGCCGUAUUCUUCCACCGGGAGAUGAAGCUGUUCUUCGAUCAUUACGUGAAGGUCGGAGAAGAGUCGGUAUUCGGGCGCAUCGGCAAGUACUAUGGCGCUGUGGAGACCAACGAACGAGGGCGCUUCAUGUUCACGGCUUGCUCUGGUUGCACGGAAACGCGCAUCUCAGCUCGAUGCUUGCCGACAUCCACGGGGAGGAUCAGGCGGCGUAUCGCGAGCGAAUCAUACGAUACGUCGAUAGUGUCUUCUCCGAGGAUCUGGAUCAGGAAGGGUUCUGCGCCGUGCAAGCGGAGCGAUCUGUGA